AUGGCCACCUCGCUCAAGUCCAUCCGCUCCCUCGUCCCCCUCCUGGACCGCGUCCUGGUCCAGCGCGUCAAGGCCGAGGCCAAGACCGCCAGCGGCAUUUUCCUGCCCGAGUCGAGCGUCAAGGAGCUCAACGAGGCCAAGGUCCUCGCCGUCGGCCCCGGCGGCCUGGACAAGGACGGCAAGAGGACCCCCAUGGGCGUCGCUACCGGCGACCGCGUCCUGAUCCCUCAAUAUGGCGGUUCCCCCGUCAAGGUCGGCGAGGACGAGUACCACCUCUUCCGUGACAGCGAGAUUCUGGCCAAGAUCAACGAGUAA